UUGCUCGACAUGCUGUAUGUUGCACGCWYGAAUAAACUCUUAAACACUUCAGACAUCUCUCUUAAACCGCUACACAGCCUCCUAUGAGUUUUGAAACUACAGUAUAUACUAGAGAAAAAUCUGAGAACACGCCCACACUCUUUAACACAGACUCAGAUAUGGCUUCCUCCAGCAGUCUCCUGUCUGAAGAGCAGUUCCUGUGCUCUAUCUGUCUGGAUGUGUUCACUGAGCCAGUCACCACUUCAUGUGGACACAACUUCUGCAUUGCCUGUAUCACAAAGUACUGGGAUAGCAAGRACCUGUGUCAAUGUCCACUGUGUAAGGAGAAAUUCUCMGAACGACCUAAACUUAGUGUCAACACAACGUUAAGAGAGGUUGCAGAGAAUUUUAAAAGGUUGAGACACRGAGGAAAAGAUGAGUCCCCUGCAAAAGCUGGAAAAGUGCCCUGUGACGUCUGCACUGGGACGAUGCRCAAGGCCCUGAAGUCCUGCCUGGUGUGUCUGGCYUCUUACUGUGAGACUCACCUGGAGCCUCAUCACAUAGCCCCAGCCUUUAAGAGACACAAACUGAGACACAAACUGAUCGACCCUGUGGAGAACCUGGAAGACAGGAUCUGUAAGAAACAUGACAGACUCCUGGAGAUGUUCUGUAGGACUGACCAGACWUGUGUGUGUCAGUUCUGCACUGAGGCAGAACACAAGACUCAUGACACUGUCCCUAUAGAGGAAGAGUGUGGAGAGAGGAAGGCACAGCUGGGGAAAACUGAGGCRGAAGUGCAGCWGAUUAUCCAGGARCGAAUGCAGAAGGUUAAAGACAUCAAACUCUCAGUAGAUCUCAGCAAGAKAGAUGCAGAGAGGGAGAUWGCAGACAGCKUWCASGUCUUCACUGCUCUGGUGCGCUCCAUURAGAAAAGCCAGGCUGAGCUCWUUGAGGUGAUUGAGGAGAAGCAGAAAGCAGCAGAGAGGCAGGCUGAAGGGUUCAUUAAAGAGCUGGAGCAGGAAAUCAMUGAGCURAAGAGGAGAAGCACUGAWYUGAAGCAGCUCUCACASACUGAGGACCACCUCCAACUUCUCCAGAACUACCCAUUACUAGUGUGCAYCCCUCCAMACACCAAGGACUGGUCUGAGAUCARUGUUCACAGUGAUCUGUGUGUGRGGACUGUKAGGAMAGCUGUGUCUCASCUKGAGGAGACACUGAAUAAAGAGAUGGAGAAGCUGCCUGAAGUCAAACUGAAGAGGAUUCAGCAGUWUGCAAUGGAUGUGACUCUGGACCCUGAUACAGCAMAUCYYKAWCUCAUCCUGUCUGARGAUGGGAAACAAGUAAGAUGUGGAGACAYACCACAGAAUCUUCCUGACAAYCCAAAAAGGUUUAAUAAGUAUUUAAUUGUCCUUGGAAAGAAUGGCUUCUCCUCAGGGAGAUUUUACUAUGAGGUGAKUGUUAAGGGGAUGACUAGAUGGACUUUAGGAGUGGCCAGAGAGUCCACAGACAGGAAGGGGAUUAUCACACUGAGACCUGAAGAUGGACUCUGUGUUGUGUACCAAAGGGAUGUAAACGUGUACAAAGCCAGUAACUCCCCCCCUGUCCUCCUCUCCCUGAGAGAGAAGCCCCAGAAGGUGGGGGUGUUUGUGGACUAUGAGGAGGGUCUGGUCUCCUUUUAUGAUGUGGAGGCCAAGUCUCAUAUCUACUCUUACACAGGCUGCACCUUCACAGAGAAACUCUUUCCAUUCUUCGGCCCCUCUGAUAAUGAUGAUGGUCAAAACUCAGCCCCUCUCAUCAUCUCUCCUGUCAAUCACACAUGCUGAUUAAACGAUGGAAAGGAAACUCUAAAAUGCACAUUUGCAAAUUGUAAACAUGCUGACAUGUCACAUGAUUUGAAUAUCCACAUUGUCCUCUGAAAUUGUAUCCUCAAAUUAGAAUUCAAAGUGUUCUGUACAUCUUAACAUGGAUAAUAAAUGUUUGUAUUUACUGAGUAAUGACUAUUAACUGGAAUUAAAGUUAUGUUGCUUUGA